AUGGUGGUGGAGAAUAAAAGAGAACCCGUUUCAGCUUGGGCCAAAGUCGUUACAGGCAUUCACGGGCGUCAUAAUGCUUCAUUCAAUCAGCAUUUGAUACCUUUAAAAAAAUCGGUUCCUGGGGUGUGGAAAGACAUUGGGUCCAUCGAGUUGGCUCUUUCUAAGAUUGGCAUUAAUAUUAAAGAUAAAAUUGUACACGACGAAACGGUUUGGAGAUGGCACGAAGAUCCGACCGGCUCUUUCUCGAUCAAGCACGUGAGAAAAGACAUCGAGAAGGCAAUGCUUCAGGAGUCGAACGAUGGUUAUGUUUAUGGCUGGAAUAAUUGGGCGACACCGAAAGCGAAUUAUUUGUUAUGGAGGGCUUUGUUGGGUAAGAUCACCUCAAAGGUUGGGCUCAUCCAUAGGGGCAUCAAUCUUGGAGAUAGUUUGUGCCCCCGAUGCGGCCUACAUGAUGAAUGUCCUAAUCACAUUUUUGCCAACUGUUUAUGGGCUAAUUGUGUGUGGUGGAAUAUAUUAACUUGGGUAAGAAUUAGCUUCAUUAAUUGUGAUAAUUUAAAAGAUUUGAUCAUUUAUAUUACACAAAGCCCGGGAGAUAAAGUUUGGAAAAAGGCCGUAUAUAUGAUCGCUAUUGGUACUGUUUGGAGGAUAUGGUGGCCGAGAAAUGAGAAACUUUUCAAAGAUAACUUCAUCCGGAUUAAUAGGUUGGUGGAGCUCAUUAAAGAAGACGCGUAUCUCUGGAUAAGUAACCGGUCGAAGCUGAAGUCGAUUAAAUGGGAGAGCCGGAAGGUUUUUGACAUAUUAGAAGUUAUGUAA